CGACUACGACUACUUCCGUAACGCGUCCAUCGAUCCACUUGCCACCAUGGAGGGCAUUCUCGACUUCUCCGCAGAGUUCGAUGUCUCGCUCAUGGACAGAGUGGUGAUGGCUUUCUAUUCAGGAGUUGGCCAGGAGCAACAACUGGCCCAGCAAGUUUUGACUCAAUUUCAAGAUAGCCCAGACGCCUGGACCAGGGUACCUGAUAUCCUCGAACGCUCGUCGUUUCCGCAGACGAAGUACAUUGGUCUGCAGAUUCUGGAGAAGUUGAUCAACACGAGGUGGAAGUCACUUCCCGAGGGUCAGCGGCAAGGCAUCCGGAACUUUGUCGUCGGGAUCACGGUGAAGGUCGCGUCGGAUGAGGCGACAAUGCGGAGAGAAAAGACCUACUUGAACAAGUUGAACCUCGCGCUCGUUCAGAUCCUCAAGCAGGAGUGGCCGCACAAUUGGCCAAUGUUCAUCCCGGAGCUCGUCGAGUCCUCGAAGACGAAUCUCUCGUUAUGCGAGAACAACAUGGUGAUCCUCAAGCUCCUGUCUGAGGAAAUCUUCGACUACUCGGCCGAGCAGAUGACGCAGGCCAAGGUCAAAAACUUGAAGAACCAGAUGUGCGGCGAGUUCUCCGAGAUCUUCAAGCUCUGUUCAGAGAUUUUGGAGGAGGCCCAGAAGACGUCCCUGAUCAGGGCAACCCUGGAGACGCUGCUUAGAUUCCUUAACUGGAUCCCUCUGGGUUACAUCUUCGAGACGACUAUCAUUGACCUGCUUCUAAACCGGUUCCUGGAGGCACCCGACUUCCGGAAUGUCACCCUCAAGUGUUUGGCGGAGAUUGCGGCUCUGAAUGUAGGCCCAGAAUACGAUCCCAAAUUCGUCAUUCUGUUCGCUAUGGUCAUGACCUCUGUGAACCGCAUGAUCCCUCCGAGCACCAACAUCGCGCAGGCGUACGCGAAUGCUGGCGACGCUGGCCAGGAGCUCGUCCUCAAUCUUGCCCUCUUCCUAUCCAACUUCUUGUCCACGCAUCUGCGUGCGGUCGAGACUGAGCAGAACCGCGAUGUUCUUUUGAACGCGCAUCUAUAUAUGGUCAAGAUCUCGCAGGUGGACGAGCGCGAGAUCUUCAAGAUUUGCUUGGAAUACUGGCUGAAGCUCGUAGCGGAGCUCUAUGAGGAGAUCCAGAGCCUGCCGAUCGGCGACAGCGGGCUGCUCAUGGGGCUCAGCUUGGGUAGCACGAACUCGAUGCUGAACGGCCAGUCGUUGCGCAAGAACAUCUACAGCGACGUGCUUUCCAAUCUUCGGCUCGUGGUGAUCGAGAAGAUGGUCAAGCCCGAGGAGGUUCUUAUUGUCGAGAACGAGGAAGGCGAGAUCGUUCGAGAAUUCAUGAAGGAGAGCGACACUAUCGUGCUUUACAAAUCAAUGCGCGAGCUUCUCGUGUACUUGACCCACCUGGACGUGGCGGACACCGAAAACAUCUUGACAGAGAAGCUCCAGAAGCAGGUCGACGGCUCGGAGUGGUCUUGGCAGAACCUAAACACGCUCUGUUGGGCCAUCGGUUCUAUCUCCGGCGCCAUGAACGAGGAGACGGAGAAGCGCUUCUUGGUUACAGUCAUCAAGGAUCUGCUCGGACUCUGUGAGAUCAAGCGCGGGAAAGACAACAAGGCCGUCGUCGCGUCCGAUAUCAUGUACAUUGUUGGCCAGUAUCCCCGGUUCUUGAAGGCGCACUGGAAGUUCUUGAAGACCGUCGUCAACAAGUUGUUCGAGUUCAUGCACGAGACGCACGAAGGCGUGCAGGACAUGGCUUGUGACACGUUCAUCAAGAUCGCGCAGAAGUGCCGGCGUCACUUUGUGAUGCAACAGUCAGGAGAGUCCGAGCCCUUUGUGGACGAAAUUCUGCGGUUGCUGCAUCGAAUCACCGUCGACUUAUCGCCGCAGCAGGUCCACACAUUCUACGAGGCCGUUGGAUACAUGAUCUCCGCUCAGCCGAACAAGCCUCAGCAGGAGAAGCUGAUUGCGAAACUCAUGGAGCUGCCCAACAAUGCGUGGGAUUCCCUCAUGGCCCAGGCGGCGCAGAACAUGGACGUGUUGAGCAGCCCUGACAACAUCAAGAUCUUGUCCAACGUCCUGAAGACCAACGUUUCAGCGUGCACGUCCAUCGGCACGUUCUACCUUCCCCAAAUUGGGAGGAUAUUCUUGGACAUGCUUGGUUUGUACAAGGCCGUCAGCGGUAUCAUCAGCGAGACCGUUGCCCGAGAAGGCCUCAUUGCGACCAAGACGCCGAAAGUUCGGCAGCUCCGAACAAUCAAAAAGGAAAUCCUCAAGUUGAUGGAGACGUUCGUCAAGAAAUCGGAGGACCUCGAGAUCGUGAACAGCAAUUUCAUGCCGCCCUUGCUAGACGCGAUCCUGGGCGACUACAACCGCAACGUGCCCGCGGCACGCGAUGCGGAGGUGCUGAACGUCAUGGCCACGAUUAUCGGCCGCCUGGGGCCCCUGCUCACACCUCAAGUGCCUGCGAUCCUAGACGCCGUCUUCGAGCCGACAUUGAACAUGAUCAACCAGGACUUUGCGGAGUUCCCAGAGCACCGUGUCGGGUUCUUCAAGCUGCUGCGUGCCAUUAACUUGCACUGCUUCCCAGCCCUGUUGACCCUUCCACCGGCGCAGUUCAAGCUGUUCAUGGACAGCAUCAUCUGGGCUAUCAAGCACACGAUGCGGGAUAUAGCCGAGACGGGCCUGAAUCUGUGUCUGGAAGUCGUCAACAACUUCGCUGGCGCCGAUCCGGCGGUAGCGAACGCGUUCUUCCAGCAGUACUUUUUGAGUAUCAUGCAAGACAUCUUCUACGUUCUGACGGAUACGGAUCACAAGAGCGGCUUCAAACUCCAAUCGCUGCUGCUCGCGCGGAUGUUCCAGCUCGUCGAGACGAACCAGAUUUCCGUCCCGCUGUUCGAUCCCGCAGCAGUGCCUGACCCAACGAUCAGCAACGCGGUAUUUUUGCGCGAGUACACGGCGAACCUGCUCAAGUCUGCGUUCCCACAUGUCCAAAAUUCGCAAAUCCAGACGUUCGUCCUUUCUUUGGGCGAGUUCCACAGCGAUAUCAACCGGUUCAAGCUUGCGCUUCGCGACUUCCUGGUGCAGCUCAAGGAGUUCUCUGGGGAUAACGCGGACCUGUACCUCGAAGAAAAGGAGCUGGAGGCCCAGCGCAAGGCGCAAGCGGAGCGCGAAGCUGCGAUGCGCAUCCCGGGAAUGCUCAAGCCGUCGCAGCUCGAGGACAAGGACGAGGAUAUUUGACGGACAAACGCGCGCGCAUCGUCUCUGCAUGACUGACUUAUCUGUAUGAUAGACAUUCCCAUCUCGGUUCUGUUCACUUUCGAGUCGCGCUUGACUGAUUGUUUUUGCUGCCGCUUGCUCCUCUCAAUCACCCCUGCCCCCUGAGCGCCAUGCAUUCCCCCUGCCCCUUACUCCCCAGGUUUUGCCCUGUCCCCCGAACCCCACAGCCUCCCAGAUCGUUCGUGUCAUUGGGUUGCGGGGCCCAUGUCGCGCCCGGCCCCGUCCCGUCCCUCGUCUUGCCAGCAGCCCUCUGUAACCUUGCUAUCGCCAUCUCGCUGUUCACCGC